AUGGGAAUUGCAACAAUGCAAGGAAAUAUAGGAAAGGUUUCAGUGAAAAUGAUUGUCCGCGCUAUCUUAUUAUUGGGACAUAUUUGGUCCGUGUACUCAGUGCCUACAUGCUACAAGCUAACCGGAGAGUCCAGAGUACUGAGCUACGCAUCUAUGUAUCAAGACACAACAAAGGAGGAAAAAACGCUACGCCCAGUUUUGGUAGAAGUGAAAGAUCCUUUUCCGGUUGAAAGGAUUAGGGACUGCGUGUAUAAAGUUAACUGCAGCGAUUGCGCUAAGGUUUUCAUAGGACAACGUGCCAGGGAAUUGCACAUCAGAAUCGGUGGGCAUAAAAGAAGUAUAAACAAAGCACCAAGGAAUGCAGAAGAAUACCAAACGCUGGUCAAAGACUCAGCGAUGGCGAUUGGCACUGUCGCAGACGAGUGCAACCGGGCGUGUGGGUUGGAGGGCUACACUUACUCCGGGCGUUGGAAUUCAGAAUGUUGCUUCUGUGGCAACGACGUACCAACGACGACUGUAGUUGAUAUGGACUGCAAUGGCAAAUUACAAAUACUGGUUGAUAAUAGUUUACCACCCCCUGUGGCACCAAACACAGCAAUCGAACUUUUGGCCAAUUCAACCACAUUGCUUGGCAAUCAGGUAGCCUCAAUAAGUAUCAGCUUAUUCCCCGAAAUAACGGCUGACAGAACGCAUAAAAUAUAUUUCGGAGACUUCAUCGAAAGGACCGAGGUCAUUGCGGACGUUUCACGUCCACUGAUCGCGCAGUACGAUCGACCGGGAUCCAAUUGGAUGACUGUGUAUCAACAAGAUACGAGCGGAACUAGGCUUGGCGCAGGCAGUCUGGAAAUCUUGUCCAUUCAGCAAGUCUCAAGCAGUGACUUGACACUUGAGUGCCCGAAAACCGUAUUGCAGAAUUCUCCCAUUUGGUGCAAGGCCACAGUAGCUGCCGGUACCCACUUGUAUGGGACUAUGAAGUUUGGUACUCAAAAGCAGGAGCCGUUCUCUAUAACAGCUCACGGUGGUUCCUGGAUGCGAAUGUCAGCCUCGCGCCUCAAUACCGACUCCCAGCAAUGCCCAACAGAGAAAUUUCUUGUUUCUGGGACCAGCGCGCGCUAUCCUGGUCGGUUAUCUGAAAUCGACUUCUACGCUACAGCGACUGGGUCAUUCAAGCUCAUACUGUUGCGCGUGAAGUGCUCCGCUGGUGCAUAUGACUACGAUUCAGACAGCUGUUCCACAUCGGAUGGAUCAAUUCAGUGUAACUAUUCCCCGGGCAACCAACGUUUCCUGGUGGCGACUAGCAGCUGCGUAGCCCAAAAUCUUGCGAACUGUGAGACCAACCUUCGACGUUUAAGAAUGGAUGCAUCGUCUGCCAUUAGUGCGUAUGACUAUGAAGUAGUUCACGUGGUGACCGUACCUAUCACAGCAACCGGAUGGCAAGUAGCCAGACUCACUCAGUCCUGGACACUUAAACCUGGGGAUCGUCUGAGCGCAUUCUUUGAUACCCAAAGCCUCGUUUCGUGUGGUCCUGCAAUCAAAUACGUACCAGCGGAUUGGGGCGCCACUUUGAGUGAGGCACCGACCGUUGGAAGCACGAUCACCAGUGGGAGCUUGUCAACAAAGAACAAACACCUGGAGCUCGGUGCUUGGCUCGAAGAACCACGUGAGGUGCUGGUGGCUGGUACACUCACAACAUUCGGAGCUACGGAGGUGGAGUUGACCGUCGAAGCCUACGAAAAAGGACUGAGCAGUGCGAAAAUUUCAACCCAAGUAUUCGUGGAUGUUGCACUCGAUGUCGGUGGAUUGGAGCAAAGCUCGUUUGAGACAAAUUCUCCUGCAAACCUUAUCCUCUUUCCCAUUGAAGGCCGCCCAAUUCAAUUCAAAUGGAACUUUGGCGAUCGAUCGCCUGAGGAAGUGACUACUUCCGGCGAAAUAACACACAUAUACAAAGCUGGAGGUGACUAUCCGCUAACCGUUAACCUGUCCAACCCGGCUGGGUUUCGUGUGAAAACGUUUACUGUUACCGUUCGGGAUGCAUUUCAGUUCACCGAAGUUCAAUGCUCAGACGCUGCUGUCGGACAACCUACACAGUUGACACUGAAGCUGGUGACAAGCUCUGAGUGUAUCUGCACCUGGGUAAUAGACGGUGAACGAGUUCACAGCGGGAGUGAACAAACAUACACUCACACGUAUACGGCGGCCGGGGUAUUUACCGUGGAAGUAACCUGUACGAACCUGGUUAUUUCGUUGACACAAAAGGUCCAACAGGUUGUUAAUGAGGCGAUACAAGAACUGAAAAUUGACUCCCCAAGUUUCCCCGUGGGAACAAAUCAGCCGAUAACAUUUUCGUUCACCGCAGGAUCAUCCCUAGAAGUACAACUGAAGAUUAACGGUGCAGUCAAGAGUACCACGGUGAACUAUGAGCUCAAACAAAUUCGAUCUGAAGGAAUAACUGUAGGCAAGCCAGAGAAAAUGACCUACGAACUCAUGGUCAAAAAUCCGUUGGGAAGUCAAAACCUCAACGGAGACGUUACGUUUGAUAUUCCGCUGAGUGGGCUGUCGGUAACUUUUGACCCUCUAGUGGCGAAAAUGAACGAAGAUAUCACAUUCCGAGUAACGUUCCGAGCCGGUACUUCCAUCAAACUUAAGAUUCAGUGGGGCGAUGGAAAUAUCGAUGAACCACCUGUAACAGAACUACAACCAUGGCCGCCCAACUUCUCCCAGACCCACCGAUACGCUGUAGCCGGUAUAUAUGAGGUUCGUUUUGAAGCGAAUGCCGGCUUGCAGCAGCAAACGACCAGCGUGACAGCUAACGUCCAAGGCCCUCUUGGAAAUUACAAAUUAAGCCCCGAAGACGCAUUUACCGGGAUGGAUGAGCUUUUUGAAGUGCUACUGGUGAACCAAGGAGGUGGAGUUGCUGUGUUGGCACAGGUAACGAUUGAUUGGGGAGACGGACAAGCACCAUAUUCAGACAGAUUUGUGGAAAACAGUCCGGUGGGACACAUUUACACGGCAAAUCGUGAUCACCAGUUGACGGCGACCAUUAAGCUGGAUUCUGAGUCACGAGUCUACAACACCAAAGUCAAAGUUCGACCAGCAAUAAAAAACUUUGGCUGUACUUUUGAAACGAACCCAGUGAAAGUGGGUGAUACACUGGAAGUGAAGCUUGCACUUUCCAACGGGAUCGAUGUGGAAAUAAAUGCACAAUUUGAAAGUGGAAAAACUCAGAACAUCAAACAGCCUGUGGCACAACCCGUUACCCUGCCGUAUGUGUAUCAAACGGCCGGCGUGUAUCCGAUUACCAUAACAGCUAGCAAUAUGGUACGGAGUGAAACAUGCAAACUGGAAGCGGAUGUCAGAAACCCCAUAGAAAAUAUGGAAGUCAUUUUCCGAAAUUUACUUGAGAAUUAUGAAGGACUCACAAACAUUCUUAUUCGUUAUACCGGACAACCGGAAAAAUUCCCGACCAAACUCAAGUACACCAUCGACUGGGGUGAUUCAGGGAAACCUGAACAAGGAAGCUUCCCUAAUCCAUUCACCGAGAACACGCUAACUCACAAGUUAACCAGUCUUAACUACUUUACCGUUCACAUGACACUGGAAAAUGGUGUGGGGAAACUUGAAAAGUCUAGCAGGAUCGGUGUUUUCGGACGAAUGAUUAAUGUUUAUGUUGAAGUUACGGUAGCCCGCACAAAUGAACCUGGUUACGGACCAUUUUCAGAUCGGUUUGCUGCAGGUAACGCGCUAAGGCUAAGAAUCAUCGCUGAUAACCGCCCGGAUAAUGUGGUGGAGACUUUCUUCAAAGUGAUUUUGAAAGAAUCCGGUGAAGAGCGCAUCCUGGAUUGGAAGCCUGGUAAUUCGCAAGAAAUGGAAUUUACUCAGGAAGGAGAAGUUGAGAUCGAAGGUGUAGGUCGGAAUCCUUUCAGUCAAGCAUCCACCAGAAAGACAAUUUAUAUCGGAACCAAUCUUCGUGGACUAAGACUGAAAUUACUUAACCAAGACGUUAUCAAUCCAGGCCAGGAGGCUGUUUUGAUGGUUUCCUUUGAUGCCGUCUCAAGUUCGACGUGCAUCUGUGUAAAGAAGAAUGAUACUUAUGGAUCUCUGGUCUACCCAGCAGUAGGUGCUACAGCUGCAGAUUGUGUUAUACGUCCGCUAAGCACUGUUAAUUCUAGCCGGCCAGUGAAUGGAAACCUAUCGGUCCCGCUAAGAUACAACACACCAGGUGAGGACGUCGUGAUGGUCAGCGCGAAAAGUCCAGACCAAGAAUUGAUCAAAACUAUAAAAAUCCCAGUAAUGCAGUUUCAGUGCGAAGCACCCAGUAUAGUGUUGCCCGAUCCCAGGAUAGCGUCUGCGAGCACACCGAUGAAGGUACGAUCAAACGAGCCUACCCUGAUAACAGUCCGUAUCUCAGGAACCGGAUGCAGUGCAACCAGCCGAAACAGUAUUCAGUGGACAGUGGCAAGAUUGAACCCGGAAUCGCUUCAACCGAUUGCGAUGGUCAAUAUCAGUGACCAGCCCAGCACGACCACUACGUCCCUGCGGAUACCUAGAAAUCGUCUCCCACCUGGAUUAUAUUCAGCAAGCGUGCAAGUAGUGACCCAAGUAGCUCCCGAACUGCCUAGUGUUUCCAGUGUACGGACGAUGUACAUUCAGUCUGAUUUUCCUCCACUGGUUGUGCAGUUUCUCGAAGGUAGUCCGCAGACGCUGGUUAUUGGACUAGCUGAUGAGCAGGUCUGUCUCAAUCCGGGCGUGUAUUCUCUGGAUCCAGCAGUAAACGACCGCAAAGCACCUCAAGGAUUUACAGACUGGUCUUGGUAUUGCGCUGAGGCUGGUGAAAAAUUCACGGAGACCACAGUCAUUCCCAAAACAAAAGGGUAUGUCUUUGCAGGGCAGCGAACUGGAUGCUUCGGCGACGGACCUGGCAGAAUCAAUAAUAGUGAAGCCUCAUUAUGUUUUUGGAGCGGAAACUUCGAGCCUACCAAACGGUAUAACGUGAAGGUGAUUGGUUUCAAAGGACCUCGUUCUGCGUCCGCCACGAUCCAACUGGAGGCCAAGCCUGGACGGAUUCCGAUUGUGCAAGUAACAUGUGCAGUAGCAAUAUUGUGUAGAGAUAUGCCGCCUCAAUACACCACGAGAAAUAGUUGGGCGGUGGCACAAACAGAGGAUCUUUACCUCCAAUCUUCUACACAAGACAAUUCGCGAAACCCGGAACAAAAAUACGGUUGGAAUCUCAAGUAUGUCUACGCAGACAGUGAGGGAGAAUUCCUGACUGUUGAUGAGCUGAAAAAGUUUACAUCGGGAGCAUCUACUAGCACGGUGCGAAUUAGGAAGGAGUUCCUCUCAGGCGACAUACUGGCAGUUGGGUUCAAGGCGUGUGGAUCGAUCGAGCAUGCUGGAAGCACAGGAACCGCUUGUGUCUACUUUGUUUUCCUCGUACCGCUUACUCGAGGAAGAUGCAGUCUUGUCCAAACCAGCAAUACAGCUUGCACAAAUUGCACAGGAUUCAGGAGUGCCUACGGAGCUCUGGAAUAUUCAUAUUUCCUAAACAUCACUCCAAGAGCUACCGUUGGCGUGAGUAGUGAGCCAAAUAUUUGCAUCACUCUGCCGGUGACCACCACGGAAGUACCAUUCUGUGUACGUGCCUCAGAUGCUUACGGGAACGAAAUCGAAUCAUGUUUUGCCAAAGUCAAAGUCAGUCCUCCAAGCAAAGAAGAAGUGGAACGGAAGAUAAAGAGGUUGAUGAAUACAUCAAACACGGAGCUUAAUCAGCUUGGACUUUCGGGGAAUACGACGGCGAAAGCGAAUACAGUCGGUAGAUAUGCUGAGGUGCUUGAAGUGCAACGAAACCUAGAUAAAGAG